AUGUCAUCCGGAUGGUAUCCAGCUGUCUUCGAGCUUAGCAGCCACACAACAGCGGAGAAGAAGCUAUAUAAAAAGCGCUGGCAGCCCACCCAUGCAUUUCUGGGUCGAAAAUUUAUUGCCCUUUUCUCCGUAUUGGCAGUUGUGGCUAUCAUUAACUGCCUCCGCACUUUUAGAGGCCGGACUGAUCGAGGGAAUGCCCCGCGACAAUUAAUGGGAGGGCUGGAUGAUGGAUAUGAUGAUCCCGAGCUGGCCGAAAUACUUGACCUCUGCUUGGAGAUGGAGGGGGACGAAGAAGCCGCAUUCCCAUUGCCAGCACGCCUGAUUCAUCCAGAUUUGGCAGCAAAUCAACCAUUUCAGUCGGAGCUUCAGCAGGACCAGCAUCUGCAGGAGGGCCAGACAAGCGCGCCUUUUUCUGCAAUGGAGCAACCUUGGAGUCCAACGGAUUCAUUUUCAGCUCAAACUGAUUUGGAUUCUUGGAAUGAAGGAGAACACAGCCUUCUACAGAGUUUAGUUGCUGCCGGGGAGCCGCCGGAUGACUCUCCAGCGAGAUGGCCGCCUCCAUACUCGUUGACUCAUCCCACGCGCGCUGAGAUUACUAGCGGCUCGUAUUCCUCGGGCACAGUUGAAAAUGAAGUGCCUGUGGCAUAUGGUACUACGAGCAUGCCAUCAUCUUAUCAGGGCUUUCAGGAACUGAGCCCUUGCGCACAGCCCUAUGCGCAUUUGCACCCUCGCGCGGUCCAAGCUUCCGCACUGUCGAGGUCAGAACAAUGGGGAGGUCCUUCGUAUCAGCAUCAAAUGUUCCACGAAAUUCAAACUACCUCGGGUCACGUACAUGGCGCCCCUCCCUUGGGGACCCAGCCACGCAGAAGGUGGCUCGGGGGGCUUGGCAGUAACCAUUCUGACCCUGCAGUCAGUCGAAAGAGGACGAUUGACCAGGUUACACAAGAUAUCGGGGGAGCACUAGACGCUGGAUAUGGAAGGCCAAAUUUGAAGCAGAUGCGUUUCUCUCAGAGAGGAGCUCUGCUGCAUAAAACAUCAGGAGCCGAUAGAAAGCAAACCUCUGACGCUCUUGAGAGAGCACUUCAAUCAGUACCGUUGGUUUGGGCUCCCCCCGAGAUAGACUUGGCUACUGUUGAAACGGAGUCAAGCCAAGACGAGGUGGGCGCUCUACUUUCGUUCCCUUCGUCAAGCGCAAACGAGGGAUUGAGCGGCUCGGCAUCGAUCCGUGUACGAGAGUUUCAGUUGUACGACUCAUCAGCUGACGAUUAUUCUUUACGGCCAUGCCUGGUGCAUAGUGAUUGCUCUUCAAGGAAAGAGACAUCUGCAAUGCCAGCUCCACAACCAGCGCCUGCUUUCGACACGCCGGUUGCCGAGCCUCUUCAAAGUCCAUCAUUGUCAACCGCGACUCAAUCCACAAACAAUUCUGAAAACAGGGCACCUUCUGUGGAGAUAGUUCCAGAAGAAUCCGGCUCGGAUCCUGAGCAAGAACUCGUUGAUCACAUCUUUUACAGAUUCCCAUCAUUGGGUAAGCAUGUGAAACCAAGAAAAUUUUCCCUGUCUAGGGCUCAAGAAUUAAAAAAUACCAAAACGUGUUUCAGCACUUUAGCUUACAUGCGCUCAUUCCUUCAAAAGCCACAUCUGGAUUCGUGGGAGGCUGACACUGUAGUCACCAUGUCCGAACGACUUGUGGCCCACUUGAUUUACUACCAUAACACACCUCUGACAACGUUGACUCCGUCAGAGGCAGUCGCAAUUUUGGGGCGUCGGUUUCUGAUAUUAGAUGCGCUCCUAUGUGCAAUAAAGGCUUUGGGGCCGGCAAUGGAUGCACCUCAGUGGUGGCCACAAGUCAUGCCCGCGGUUCCAGGAUUUUGGGAGUGCAAAAAACGUCACUUUUGCGUGCUGCGCAGCAAAAGUUACGUGCUGCUUGCACACCGACUGAGUGCCGCGGUAGAAACUUUAAAAAAAGGCGAUCGGCUUGGGGUAAAGGAAACUAUUGAGCUCAAGCAAGAGCUGUUUUGCAAGGAAUCGUCCAUCCCGGAUUUCAAAAAGCCCCACUGGGAUCCCUGGCGAACUUUUGAAGAAGAUACUUGA